GAUAAGAGGUCUUAACCAUUCAGACUCUGUAUAAUACUUAACCAUUCAGAGGCAAAUCUCUUAACCAUUCAGACAUCUGAACCAUUAAGAGGCUGAAACAAACAGUCUGAACCAUUAAGUGCUGAACCAUUCAGACAUCUGAACCAUUAAGAGGCUGAAACAAACAACCCCUUAGUUAGAAAUGCACCACGGCGAGCUGAGUAAACUGGAUAGAGUGUCGUGGCCUGCGGAUUUUCCGGUGUAUUACUUCCACCAGCCCAACCCAACCUUUGCUCAAUCAAAGCCCAAUCCAAUACUAAAGACUAGGGUCCAAAAAGAAAGUCCCUAUCUUCCUCAACUCCUUGUUGCGGUUCUGCUCGACUUUCCACAUUAUCAAUUUUGCAAAAUUAUUUCUUCCGUCUUCGUCAAUCGGUGUGGCGCCCGAAGACCGCCUCUCGCCGAGCACCUUUGGCCGUCGGCCACUAGCGGCAACGCCCGCCGGUCUCCGCACCGCCGCCCCCGAAGCACAGAACAUACCACAACGAGUCAGCAGCCAACGUCUUCAGGACUUCAGAAGUUUAUCAGGAUUAGUGGUAGGAGCAUCCUAUUUUUCAAUUUCAAUUGAGGCUAUGGAAAAUCAAGUUGACGAUAUAUGGACGAGAUCAGCUAGAGAUGCAAGAGAAAGGAGAAAAGGAAUACUUCAACAAAAAAGGAUAGAAAAGGCAUGGUAUUUGAAGCUUAUGAGAUUCCAACUGAUGCUGGUAUACCCGGUCAAAGAAGUUCACAACCGGUUACCUCCUCAAAGCACAUCCUGGACCAAUCAAAGACCGUGAAAAUCGAGGAUGAAGAGGGGGCACAACCCUCUCGGGAGGCUAAGAGGAACCCUUCCCCUAACAAGGCCAAGACCCAGCCGGCUAGGCAGCAAAGGGUCAAGAAGGUGGCGACCACUCAUCCCUCUGUCAAAAGGCAGAGGGGGGAGUCUCAGUCGGCCUCUCUCUCCGUGGAGGAUCUCUGGAUCCAGCUGGGCUUGAAGCUGAAAGCUCUUGGUAAAGUAGGACCGAACGCUUUUGACCGGUUCCGCGCAGGCUCUCCCUCUAGGGUUGCCCGGCUGAAGGAUAAAUUAAGGGAAGCUCAAGAAGAGUCCCGAGAGAAGGAGAAGAAAAACCAGGAGAUGGCCACUGUGAUGAUGAACCAGACGCAAGAGCUGGCAAACUUGUCAAAGAUGGUCAGAUCAGUGGGUGCGGAGAACACUCGCCUGAAGGAGGAGAACUCGCGGCUGAAGGAUGAAAUCUCCAAGCUGAGGGAGGCUCUGGCGCAGAAGGAGCGGGACCUGCCCGCUCGGGCACUCGCAUGGCUGGAAGAGAACAAAGUUGAAGCCGCCCGUGCGUUGACCGCUUCUCCCGAGGCAACCAUUGAGUUCUUCAAGUUUUUGUACCGGGAGCCUCAAGGAAAGAAGAUGAUAACUGCCGUCGGGUCAUACGGCUUCAAAUGCGGCCAAAAAAGAGACCGAGCGGCUACUCACCGCAUCCUGGCAACCCGGGAUCCAGACUUCUCCGCAGCAGCAUACGGGCUCCCUCCUAUCCCGGAAGAAGAACCGGCUCCCCCCUUCCCCCUGGACUAAACCUUUCCUUUCUCUUUGUAAUUCUCCCCGGGUGUGCCCGGUUUAAGCAUUGUAAUGACUUUUGUUAUGAAUGUUUGCGCUCUUCUAGUAACCUUUGACUGUAUCAUCCUCUAUGUGGCUAACACUUAGGUAAAAUUAACCGGUUAUGCUCCCACAUGUGAUUUGAUUUGAAAUAAUUUAAUGGUAUGUUU